UCUACCUAUUCUUUACGGUGAAACGAAGCAAAAUGCGCUUGGCCGGCUCUUACAAGAAAUCGUCGCUCGGUCGGGCGACACUGUUGUCCUUGACUGGGUCGGAAAAUCAUCCUCAUUUAAUAGCUGUCUCCCAGCCGAUAUUAUGUCGUACAAAGCCCCGCCAUGCACGUUGUCAUCUCUGUCCGAGGACGAGAUGCAGACAUCUGUUUCCACGCUGAGAAACACUGUGGCUAUGGAGUCAGCUUUGAAACUGUAUACCCUCCUUGACAACCUCAGCGCCCCCCGUUUCGCGAACUCCAGAUUGCAACUUCCUUGCAUCGCAUUUCGCGUCACAGAAGUCAGACGGAGCCGUGACCAUGGCCAGGACACAUCUUUUACCUACUAUGUCAAGGCAGACGGGCUUCACGACCUGCAAGUGACCACAAAAGCCAGAGUGAGUCAAUUCUCGUCGGUAAGACCUACCCAACAGACAUUCCUGCUUGUCGUCCGUGGAAUCGUUGUAACCUCAGGCUGCCUGACUUUGCGAAUGACAAGACCAUAACAACACGACCCUCACCAGGGUCUCCGGGCCUGUCAGACCAGUGUUCGGAGGUUUAUUCCAUGUCACCAGCUUGGUCCCAGUCCCCUGAGCGUAGUGCUUCAAUGGAUUCGCCAGAUAGCCUCCAUGCGCCGGUUGAUUUGGAAGCAAACGAGAGAGCGUUGAGGUUGAUCGUUCGCCUUGGACAGCCUUUUGGU